AUGUCCACCUGUGAUGAUUUGGAGGGAAACUAUCCAAAAUUUAAAACUGCCACGGCAAUUUCUUUAUGCAAAUUUGAAACCCAACUUUUAAAAACAGUUGAUCGGGUUUUAUACUUCGAACCUCAUUUCUCCGCUGCAAGCAUUUUCAUAAACUUAUUUCAUUUUUUGAUUCUCAUCCGAAAACCCUUACGGAGUUCAUCUAUAAACAUUAUUAUGGCUUCCGUUGCAAUAUUCGACAUGUGCUCAAUGCUCUUCAAAAUCAAGCAAACAUUUGGCCCAUCCAUAGAAAUCAUUUUUGAUCCCUGUUUUCAGUCAAAAUGGUAUUGGAAUGUGUUCUUGGAUAGAAUACUUAUCAUGCUUAAGGACCAUUCGCAGAGAUCCUCGACGUGGCUUUUAUUUUCAAUUGCUCUUAUUAGAACUUUGGUUAUAAGAAAUCCAAUGAAAACUGAAUAUGAAAAACUUACAAAACCGCCUACCUCAUUUUUUGCAAUCAUUGGUAUAUCUUUACUUUUCUUCCCAAUUUCAAUAAGCACAUUCUUGGAAUAUGAUAUUUUCUCGGAAAAAUACAAAUCAGCAUGCAAUCCAAAAGGAGUAUUAUCUUUUUAUCUUUACAUAUCCAAAUUAUUUGAAAGAAAUAAUGGAGUUAUUUUAAAAUAUGUUACUUUAGGUAAUGCAAUGGUGUCAAAUAUAAUUCCAUGUUUUCUUUUCCCUGUUGUGACGUUUUUAUUAGUGAAAGAAUUAUGGAAGAACGAAAAUAAUCGAUGGCGAUUAUUAUCUUCAAAAAAAGUGAACGACUCUAUAAAGAGCACUCAGCUGGUUUUAUUAUUAACGUGCAUGUUUUUCAUCGCCCAAUUUCCCAUUGGAAUUGCCAGCGGUGUUUCUUAUUUCUUCGAUAAAAAUCCCGGAAUCACAAAGAUAUUUCACGAAAUCAUGUUUCUCUUUUCUAUAAUGCUUGUUCUCAAUACCAUCUCUCAUUUUUUCAUAUGCAUUUUCAUAUCGUCACAAUAUCGCGCGGAAGUCAAGAAAGUCAUUUUUUGCGGACGAAGAUCAAUACAGGUCCAACAACAAAUAACGGUUUCCCGGUAG